AUGGAUCCUCCUCCCCCUGCGGCGGCGGCGCAAGGUCUGGGUCCACUGGGUCCCAAGGCCCAAUUGACGUGUGAAAUGUGCAAGCGACGCAAGAUUAAAUGCGAUAAACUGCGUCCCUGCACAGCUUGUCGGAAUGCAGGGACGACUUGUGUUCCUGUUGAGCGUGCGCGGCUCCCGCGAGGUCGGUCAGGGGGGAGGAAGAAGAAGAGUAAUCCUAGCGCGGGUGCGAAUUCAAAUGUCGAUAACAGUGUGGAUGCCAACGACGGCCAUGGCGUCAAUGGUAAUGGCCAUGGUUCCGAUGAUUUGAAGGAGCGCAUGUCGAUGCUGGAGCAUACCGUUCAGGGCUUGGUGCAUAGCGGGCAGGCGUCUUAUGGUUCGGCUGGGGAUGGAGGCAUGUCGGUUCUUCCGGGGUUUUCGCUGUGGGAUGUUGGCAUGGGGCUUGCCGAGAAUCGCCUUCUCAAUGGGAAUAAUCAGCAGACGGACAGUCAUGUGAAUACUUGGUUGGACACCGCCUCUCCCAUCCCCGAGCCAGAGGACUGGGACAAAGAGCUGCACCACCGUAGACAAAUCAUGUCGAUAUACAUGGAGCGGGUGGACUCUCUCAUCCCUAUCUUACACUGUGGGUCAUUCAGUGAUUAUUUCAUUAGCAAAAAGCCGUAUCUUGAUUAUGACGCCGACCAUCCUGCACCUGCAGCACUGGCAUGGGCUGUGCGCUACCUCGCCAUCGGCACCAUCAGCGAUGACCAGUGCUUCCAUAUGUUCGGGGUAGAAAGAGAAUCCCUCCUUACGAGAUAUCAGAAAACCACGCAGUCCGCGUUGGAAAAAGCGGAUUAUAUCAGCACGGAAGAUUUGACGACUUUGCAGACGUUCGUGCUGUUUGUGUUAUCUGUCCGCGCCCAUGGUCAGGGUCGACGGGCCUGGACGAUGCUCGGCCUCGCCUUGCGAAUUGCCCAGUCUAUUUCCCUUCACGAGUCGGAACCCCCAUUCCCAGUAAAACCGUUGGAACGCGAAAUGCGUCACCGUCUAUGGCAUGUCAUUGGUAUCUUAGACAUCCAAGCUGCCUUUGAUCGAGGCUCCGAGCCAAUGCUGCGAUCGAACUGCGCAUUGUCCGAGAUAUCAUCGCCCAGCACAGGCGAUCUCGACUUCCCUUUCUCCAUGAUGCAACUCGGCGACGUCGCCACUCAGUUCUUACACGCAGACACAAGAUUCCUUGCCAUUAUGGCAGAAGCGCAAUGCGCCUUCCGAGCCCUUGAUGUAUCAGAACUAAACGCCCCCGAAGCCACGCCGGUAAAAUUCGAUACCAAACGUCGCCAACAUGUAGCAACAACCUUCCGGCAAAAGUCCCUCGCCCACCUUCCAGACUCCCAAACAGAGCUAAUAACCACCCAAUUUGACUGGUGCCUGCGAAAAUUAGUCAACAUCGUUCACGCCUUCCUACAACUCCUCUCCUUCCGCCCCAUCCGCAGCGGUAACAAAAACCCAGAGUCCCCACCAACAGCAACACGCCGCGGCUCAGGUCUGCUCCUCCUAACAUUAAAAUUCCUCCAAGCGCUGGACCAGUUCCGGCACGACGAACGCAGCGAUCCGUGGCGGUGGUUUAUUCGCUUAUUUUCUCCUUGGCAUGUGCUUGUUGUUGCGAUUGACGAGGCGGAUGCUUGUGAGGAUGUGCUGUUGAGGGGAAAUUGCCAGGCGCUUAUUGAGCGGUUUUUGGCCUCGUUUCAGGAUAUGAUGACGGAUAUGCAUCGAGGGAUGUUGCAGGAGUCUGUGGAGAGGUUGAUGGCAUUUGGGUGGGGUGUGCCGGAUAUAAGGAAUCCGUUUGGUGAUGGGCAGGAUCCCGUUACAUUUUCCCUUGGUUGGAUCAAGAGAAGAAUCAAUUCUUGA